AUGGGUAUAGCACAUGAUGCGAAUUCGGGGAGCCACACAAGCUCAGAUGUGCCAGCAUUUUCUUUGAUGCUUACUGGGCCAGCGCUUCAAUGGUUCCAACAAUUAAAGCCAAGGUCAAUUAGUUCGUUUAACCAGCUGAAACAACAAUUUUUAAGACGAUUUGUGAUAGCAAAAACUCGCAAGAAAGAUAAGCUUUAUCUGUACUCCCUUAAGCAAGGCGCUGAUGAAUCGGUAAAAGCCUACAUUGAACGUUUCAGCCAGAAAAUGAAUUACGUAGAAGGAUACACUGAUAGUGAUGUUGUGGCCGCAAUUCGGGGAGGGCUUCAGGAAUGUGACUUGUUGAAGUCAAUUUGCAAAAAACAACAAAAAACCUUCACUGAUCUCAUGAUCCGAGUUCAGAAGUUCAUUAGCGCUGAAAAAUACAUGUGCAAUUGGAGAGGACAAUCUCAAACGGAUCAAUCAAAAAAUGAUGGAAAGCGGAAGGUAGAAGAAGGAUCUAAUGGAGGAGAAGCAAAAAAGCAAAAGUCAGAGGCACAACAGGAUGUGAACAAAUCCAAGAUUGCCUUGACGCAAAAGUUCCAAGCUUACACUCCACCAGAUACGAUAAAGGCCUACACACCCUUGAAUACGACAUUGGCACAAAUUUUAAUGCUGAUUCAACAUCAGAAUUUGCUGACACCUCCGGCCCCUAUGAAGGGAUAUUCUAACAAGAGGGAUAAAAGUAAAUUUUGUCACUUUCAUAAGGACCAUGGCCAUGACACCUCAAGUUGCUUUCAAUUAAAAGGACAGAUUGAGGCACUUAUUCAACAAGGCCAGUGGUAG